UCUUCCCGUCCUCUUCUUCCAACGCGUUUCUCCUUCGUGCCUUCCUCUUCCACCUUCGCUCUCCUGCUUCAGCCCUCACACUCGCUUGAGCAUCGCCUGAACGACAGUCGCUUCUUGCCUUGUUGACAUUUACCAUCGCCCUACUAGGAAACAUCAGAUACAUCACAUAAUACUCCCACCACCAUGAAGUCCUCCACUACCGCAACCCUCACCACCCUCCUCUUCGCCACGGCCAUCAACGCCCAGGACCAAUACGCCAUCAACCCCACCACGGUCAACGAGACCGUCCGCGACUUCUGGUGCACCCAACAACAAGCCCAAUGCCCUCUAAUCUGCCUCCAAGAAGUCACCAACGACGACGCCACCACGCAAUCCAACGACUGCAACCCCACCAUCCUCACCUACGCCUGCGUCUGCUCCGACGGCACCUCCCCCAACAUCUCCGAGUACUCCCAGACCCUCCCCUUCUUCAUCUGCCAGGAGUGGGGCAACCAGUGCGUCGCCAACUGCGGCGGCAACGACGCCACCUGCCAGACCGCCUGUCGCGAACAACACCCUUGCGGCGCGCAGAACCCGAAAAAGGCAAAUUUGAGGAAUAGCACGAGUACGGCGACGGCGACGGAGGGAUCGACGAGUACGAUGGCGGCUGGGGGGAUGAAGACUACGGAUGCGAGUGGGGCGACGAGGGCGGUUUAUACGCAGGCGUUGGGUGCGGGGCCGACGUCUUCGAAGGGGAGUGGUGGGAAUGGUGGGAAUACUUCUGGUGCGGUGAGGUUUAGGGGUUGGGCGCUGGGUGCGGGACAGACGUUUGGUGGGUUGGCGCUUGUGGGUGCUUUCUUUGGGGGGUUCGCUGUGUUGUUGUAAGAGGUGGGACAAGUAGUUCUGGACAAGUGUGCUGGCCUUGAUCUUCUGCUUAGUGGCAGGAGAGGAGGAGGGAGGUAAUGAAAGUCGGAUGGUGAUGCUUGUGGCUAUUCAUAAUUGACCUUUCUGC